AUGUCGGACAAAGAAUUUGGCAACAACGACGACCUGUCUCUUCCCAAGGCUACCGUUCAAAAGAUCAUCUCUGAAAUCCUACCACAACUCCCUCAUGACGAUACCAACGGUGGUAAGGAAGGUGAGAUGACCUUCACGCGCCCGGCCCGCGACCUCCUCAUUUCCUGUUCACUCGAGUUCCUACGCAUGCUCUCCUCUGAAUCAAACGAAAUCUCUGAGCGCGAGUCCAAAAAAACCAUCAGCGUCGAACAUGUUGAACAAGCGCUCACCGACCUGGGAUUUGGAAGUUACAUCGAAGGCUGCCGCGGGGUCGUGGGCGAAUGGCAAGAGGUGCAGAAGAAGAGAAUCGGAAGAGGCGAGAAAAUGCGCAACUUCGGCGGGUUCGAUAAAAUGGGAGAGGAGGAACUAAGGAAGAUGCAGGAAGCGCUACUGGGAGAGGCUAGGGGCAGGAUGGAGGGUGGUGGCGCCGGACCGAACGACAUGUGA